UUAGGCUUGGUGGAAAGAAAACCCAGUCUGCGCUCCCACCUUGCCCCUGGGAGCUUCCUCAUAGAGGGCUGGCUCCCAGGAGACGGGUGGCCAACAAGCCCUGCCCCAAACCAGCCCUCUCGGCAAAGCCUUGUCCCCGUAAGCGCACGGGCCCAUUCGUGCGUCAGCGCUCUCGGUGGCAGGAAGCGUCUUCCCCCCUCGGACAGCAAACCUUCUCUGCCAGCGUCUGCACCGGCCCGACACCACUGGGCGGUGUCUCCGACGGACCCCCGGCCAGAGCCCGUCCACAGCCGCGCGCCCCAGCUCUCGGCUCACGGGUCUCGACGUCCUAGCUCGGAGCGCUGAGAUCCGGGCCGCCACCCGCCAGGUCCCCGUCUCUGAGCUCCACGUCCCACGAGAAGGGAUCGUGGCUCUUAAGGCCCGGCCGUGCGGCGCGCAAGAUGCUCAGGAGCAGCCAAAAGCGGACACUGAACCCUCCUCGAGGCCCCGAGCGGCCUUCAUGAAGGCGGAGCUCCCGGCCGCUCCGAGCCCGCAUUGCGGCGCUUGGGCUCCCAGCCCUCCUUUCCCGCCGGCUGCGCAGGGACCACCGCACCCGCAUCCCUCCCCUGGCUGCCCCGAAACCCCGGCCCGAGGCCUAGGCGCCAGCCCCGGAGGAGCUCCCCUGCCGCCAGGCAGAGGAGAGGAUCCCGGGGGGACGCGCCCCGAGGAGGAUGGCAGCGGAUGUCACCCGGUCCCGCACCAACAGACUCACUCACCAUCUUGAGCGGAUGGACGAGAGAGAAAGGGAACGGAUUGUGGGUAAUAUGUAUGUGACCUCGGAGAUCGCGAGAACUGGUGCCUGAGCGGGAUUUUGGAUUUAAAGAGACAGGACCCCUUUCCGCCUGCUGCGCUCAGGGGAGGUGCUCGCAGACGGCCUCGGGGGCUUGGUCUGCGGAGCCCGCACCGCCGCUGAGAGAAGUCGGGUCAGAGAAGUGCCACGGGCCGGGCGCCCGGGUGGUGAGGAGGCGCCAGGCGCUGACUGGUGGCCCUUGGGCCGCAGCCCCCCGGCCCCUGCCAUGGCCCAGCAGAGAGCUCUGCCACAGAGCAAGGAGACACUGCUGCAGUCCUACAACAAGCGGCUCAAGGACGACGUCAAGUCCAUCAUGGAUAACUUCACCGAGAUCAUCAAGACGGCCAAGAUUGAGGACGAGACCCAGGUGUCGCGGGCCACGCAGGGCGAGCAGGACAACUAUGAGAUGCACGUGCGAGCCGCCAACAUCGUCCGAGCUGGUGAGUCCCUGAUGAAGCUUGUGUCCGACCUGAAGCAGUUCCUGAUCCUGAAUGACUUCCCGUCGGUAAAUGAGGCCAUUGACCAGCGCAACCAGCAGCUGCGCACACUGCAGGAGGAGUGUGACCGGAAGCUGAUCGCCUUGCGUGAUGAGGUCUCCAUCGAUCUCUACGAGCUUGAGGAGGAGUACUACUCGUCCAGCUCGAGUCUUUGCGAAGCUAGUGAUCUGCCUCUGUGUGAAGCUUACUGGAGGCUGGACUUCGACUCAGACCACAUCGAUGGCCUCUCCGCACCCCUGCUGGUGUCCCCGGAGCCCAGCACUGGCCCCCUGCAGGCUGCGGCCCCUGUCCACCCCCACACCGGCGGCCCCAGCCCCACGGAGCACACCUGAGUCUCCAGGGCUCCCUGCCCAGCCCAAGGUUCCAAGAAAGUAACCCCCCUCUGGGUGCCUGCCUGGGCCUCGGUGCCCACUUGGGGACUCCGCAGAACCGCAGCGCCAUGUGGCCUGGGCCCAGGGUCGGGCCACUCAGGACUGCUGGGGAAAACUAGUUCCCCCAACGUUUCUGGGGCCUAUCCUUCCUGAGUUACUCUCUAGGCUCUGCUCCCUGGCCUCCCCCAGAGCUGGAGUGACACCUCCACAGUGGGGUGGGAGGGUGCCUAAUCUGGGAGAGGCCUGGCUUGUGCACGUUUAAAAUGGGGUGGGUUCCUAGGAGUUGACACUACCAACUAAAUCCAGCCCCCACACCUGGGCCGGGGCUGCUGUGCCAGGCUGUGCCCACUGCCUCUCGCCUGAGCCAUGGUGCCUGUGCCAUGGAGCCUGGCCACCUCACAGCCCCGGGCAGAGCCAGAAUCCAGGUCGUGGGCCUCCCUAAUUUUGCUGCCAUAUACUUUCUGGUUGUCUUGUAACAAGACUUGAAUAAAAAUGUCAUCUUUG